UUUCUAAUUGCUAAAUGUGUUUCUCCUUUUUUCGGUUUUGGAUAAUAUGAAAUCUAACCAACCAAUUUGAGUUAAAUAAUAAUAAUAAUAAUAAUAAUAAUAAUGUUUUUAGCAUUUUUUAAUCCUAAUUUUAUUUCAAGCCUUGAAAAACGUCUGCGAACUGCGCCAAUUUAAAGUAGAUGGAAUUUAAAUUUGGAUCCAAUAGAAUUGCGGCAAUUUGCGAACCUCUGGCCUUGGUUGGGAGUUUGUAGAGAGAUCGGAGGCGAUGUUGCACGAACUAUUGCUGGCACUCUUGGGCUACACCGGUGAUCUCAUAAUCGACGAACGAGAGCAGCACAAAUCUCUCGGUAUCAACCUCUCUCCCGAUGCUCCUGUCUCAGAGGAUCGCACCUUCAAGCUCGCUCCUGAUCUCUCCUUCAUCCACCCUAGCGAAAGGGAUCUUAUUGAGAAGGUCAUUACCUUAGGAUUUUACUACAGGGAACUUGAUAGAUUUGCAACGAAGUCUCGGGAUUUGAGUUGGAUAAGGUCUACAAAUGUUUCUCCUUUGUCGAGAACAUCUGAGUUAUUGAAAGGGAAACCACAGAAGUCGAGUGCGUAUGGGAGGGCCAUUGCCAAUGGCAUUGUUGAGAUACUGUCAGUAUACCGUUCUGCUGUUCUGCAUAUUGAGCAAAUAUUGUUGUCCGACCCUACACCUAUCUUGGCAACUGUCAUUCAAGGUCUUAAUAAGUUCUUUGUUCUUUUGCCACCUCUGUACGAGCUUAUUUUGGAGAUUGAGCGUGAUGAUAUCUGUGGAGGACAACUUCUUAACCUUUUGCACAAACGGUGCCACUGUGGGGUGCCUGAACUGCAGGCAUGCAUUCAAAGGCUUCUCUGGCAUGGGCAUCAAGUCAUGUAUAACCAACUUGCUUCUUGGAUGGUUUAUGGAAUUCUUCAAGACCAGCAUGGAGAGUUUUUUAUUAGGAGGCAGGAAGAUAGGGAUGUAGAGCAUGAGGCAUCUCCUUCAGAUAUGGUUGAAAAGCUGGCGCGCAUGUCAACUGAUGAUGCAUCUUUAACAGAUUGGCACUUGGGAUUUCAUAUAUUUUUGGAUAUGCUUCCAGAUUAUAUUCAUAUGCGUGUUGCAGAAUCAAUUCUUUUUGCUGGUAAAGCAAUCAGGGUUCUUCGGAAUCCAAGUUCCGCAUUUCGAUUUCAGGAUACUUUAAAUCAUCAGCAGAUACCAAAAGGAUCACACAGAGUUCAAGGACUUACAGGAAGAUUCUCUUUCCAGAAAGAGCCUUUUAUGGAUAUGCAACUGAUUGGAGAAGAAUUACUUCCACAAUCCGAGGCUGAUAAGAUUGAAGCUAUGCUUCAAGAGCUGAAGGAAUCAUCUGAGUUCCACAAAAGAUCAUUCGAGUGUGCUGUUGACUCUAUUAGGGCCAUUGCAGCGAGUCAUCUUUGGCAGCUCGUGGUUGUACGUGCUGACUUGAAUGGACACCUGAAGGCCCUUAAAGACUACUUUCUUUUAGCAAAAGGAGAUUUUUUCCAGUGCUUCCUUGAGGAGAGUCGCCAGAUGAUGCGUUUACCACCUCGCCAAUCAACUGCUGAAGCUGAUCUUAUGGUUCCAUUUCAGCUGGCUGCGAUAAAAACUAUUGGUGAUGAAGACAAAUACUAUUCAAGAGUAUCCUUGAGGAUGCCUUCAUUUGGAAUCACAGUAAAAUCAUCUCAGGCAGAUUUACCAAAGGAAAAAACUUAUGCUGAUGGAAUCUUGGGUUCUUCAGAGAUGUCCCUUGAAGGCUGGGAUGGUAUUGCUCUUGAAUAUUCUGUUGAUUGGCCCUUACAGCUGUUCUUUACCCAAGAAGUUCUCUCUAAGUAUCGCAGGGUCUUCCAAUAUUUGCUUCGACUUAAGCGAACACAAAUGGAAUUGGAGAAGUCCUGGGCUUCUGUGAUGCAUCAAGAUCACACAGAUUUUGCCCAACAUCGUAAUGACCAUAUAAACUGCACAGUAUCUCAGCAGCGACGGCAACGAUCUAGGCCAAUGUGGCGCAUUAGAGAGCAUAUGGCAUUCUUGAUCAGAAACCUUCAAUUUUAUAUCCAGGUGGAUGUGAUAGAAUCUCAGUGGAAUGUACUGCAAGCUCAUAUUCAAGAGUCUCACGAUUUCACUGAACUUGUAGGCUUCCAUCAAGAGUAUUUAUCUGCUCUGAUUUCACAGUCUUUCCUGGACAUUGGUUCUGUGUCACGGAUACUGGACAGCAUAAUGAAACUUUGCCUGCAAUUCUGCUGGAACAUUGAGAAUCAAGAAAGCAGUUCAAACACGUCUGAACUGGAACGUAUAACAGAGGAAUUCAACAAGAAAUCAAACUCACUUUAUACUAUACUGCGCAGCAGCAGGCUUGCUGGGAGUCAACGCGCCCCAUUUCUCAGGCGAUUUCUUCUGCGUCUUAACUUCAAUUCCUACUUUGAGGCAACUGCAAGAGGUGUUCUUAAUGUUGUUAGAUCACGACCAUCAUCGCUUCCUGUUUAGUAGCAACAGCAGCAUUCAUUUACCAAAAAAGCCUCAUAGCUGCUAAUGUGAUCCAAUCUAGCCAACUGCCAUGUGAGCACUCUGUCAUCGCUUGUUCAUGAGAGGGUAAAUAAAAAAUGUUAACCAGAACCAGUUCAAUAAUAUAUGAGCAUAUAUUAUUGCAUGGUUGUUUUUGACAAUUAGGUUGCGUAUUUGGUAGCCAUAUUGAAUGUGCAUGUCCAUUCUCCGCUUGACGAUUCUCCACUGACCAUCCCCGGCAAAUUAGGUGGUGCUGUUGGUAGCUGUAUUGAGGUUUUCCAGUCUAUUGUUAGCUUCUCAGCAUGAUGACCAUCCAGUCACCAUCACCUCAGUCAUGUGGUGCUUGCUUUUGGUAGCUGGUCUCUUAGUAUCUGUUUAUAGCUUGUUUGACUCCCAGAUGCCUUCGCAAUUAGACUGUGCUUAUGGUAGUGGUAGUUGGUUAUGCUUAUUUGUGUCUGCUAUUCCACAUUUUUUACUGUCCAUUGACCAUCCCUUGGCAUUUAGGUAGCGAAUAUGGUAGCUGCCUUGAGGCGGCUGGUCUGUGCUAAUAUUUUCGUCUACCAAAGUUUUUUUAUCUGUAAAAUAUAUGAUUUUUGUAUUUGUAUCGGGAUUUGAACAGAUUAACUUAUUUUAUUUAAAAUUAAACACAUGAUUAUGUGAAAA